ACGGCCAAAAUAAACAACCCCAUGGGUUAUCCUGAAAUCUGAAUAUGUUAAGUUUGCCUUGAUUUGUUCAAACGCAGAAAAGAACAAAUCACGAAGAGAGAUUUUGAUUGAGAGAGACGUAAGGAGAUGGUUAUACGGUUCAACGCUUGAGGAAAGUUCUGAGAGUGGAAAGUAGAAACCGCUAAGAAAUUGCAGAGAGACUCUCUCAUAAACCCCACAGAGUCUUCUCUCUCUCCCGCUUUCUCUCAUAUUAACCUCUGCGCCUGUUGCGGAAUAUCGCAAGAUCAUCUCUCGUUCUUGUGAGAAUCUCAGGCUCUUCUAUCCUAUUGUCUGAGGGGUCAAAUUCAGCCUUUUGCGCAAUAAAAAUGCGUGGUUUUAAGAAAUCUCCUUUGAAUAAGGUUUCUAAGCAGAACUCAGUUGAUCCCAAAUUUUCUGGAUCUUCUAGCUCCAAUCCUUUUGAUUUCGACAAUGAGUCAGAUAACAAGCAAACCAUCAAUCCGUCAAGAAGAGCUUCUUCAGAACCUGCAGUAGUCACGCCAAAUUUUAAGACCAACCCUUUUGAUGACGAUGAGGAAAGGCAAACCUCUUCUUCACCUCCACAGUCACUGACUUUUGCUGCAAAAAACAAAUACAAGAAUGAUUUUCGUGACUCAGGAGGAUUAGAGAACCAAAGUGUGCAAGAAUUAGAGAACUAUGCUGUAUAUAAAGCUGAGGGGACAACAAAGACAGUCAAUAACUGCCUGAAGAUUGCAGAGGACAUAAGAGAGGAUGCUACUAAUACUUUGGUCACCUUGCAUCACCAGGGUGAGCAAAUUACCAGGACCCACAUGGUUGCAAUUGACAUUGAUCAGGAUCUCAGUCGGGGUGAGAAGCUCCUGGGAAGUCUUGGAGGCAUCUUCUCCAAGACUUGGAAGCCAAAGAAGAAUCGUCCAAUUAGAGGGCCUGUUAUUACCAGAGACGAUUCAUUUAAAAGAAAGGGUAGCCACGUGGAGCAGAGGGAGAGGUUGGGAUUACCUCCUGUGCCCAAGGGACAGUCAAAUUCCAGAAUACCACCUCCUGAACCAACUGAUGCACUGCAGAAAGUUGAGGUGGAAAAGGCAAAGCAAGAAGAUGCACUUUCAGAUUUAAGUAAUCUUUUGGGGGAGCUUAAAGUAAUGGCUGUCGACAUGGGAUCUGAGAUUGAAAGACAAACCAAUGCUCUGGAUCAUGUUCAAGAUGAUGUGGACGAGCUAAAUUUCCGAGUUAAAGGUGCUAAUCAACGUGGCCGUCGUUUGCUCGGAAAGUAGAUUGCGGGCAUUGCCCAACUUCUGAUGGAGACUCUGUUGGUGCAGCUUCUGAAACUCUUCCCCCUCAUUGUUCUAUGCAUUCUUCGGAUUUUUGGAUAAUUUUUAACUCUCUAAGUACCUUUGUAUAUUGUACACGGUCGACAGUGCAAUAUUGAGUCUCUUCUGAAGACUCAUUUAGAUUGCAGUUCUUGUUGAUAUUGGUAUUCAGGGCCAUCUACAGAUUGUUUGAUUUCCAUUUCUCAUUUUUCACCCCUGUUUUUUAUUUUUGAAAAAGGCCCAUUUUCAGUAGAGGUGACUAUUUUAAUGUAGCCUCUCUUUUGGAAUGACAAUGUCAAGUAUUGAUUACCA